AUGAGCGCCCCCGCUGCGACCCCUAUCUUCGCGCCCGGCGAGAACUGCAGCCCUGCCUGGCGGGCUGCGCCCGCGGCCUACGACGCGUCGGACACGCACCUGCAGAUCCUGGGCAAGCCGGUGAUGGAGCGCUGGGAGACCCCCUACAUGCACGCUCUGGCGGCUUCCGCCGCCUCCAGAGGGGGCCGAGUGCUAGAAGUGGGCUUCGGCAUGGCCAUCGCAGCCACAAAGGUGCAGGAGGCUCCCAUCGAGGAGCACUGGAUCAUUGAGUGCAACGAGGGCGUCUUCCAGCGGCUCCAGGAUUGGGCCCUGCAGCAGCCACAUAAGGUGGUUCCCUUGAAAGGCCUGUGGGAAGAGGUGGCACCCACCCUGCCAGACAAUCACUUUGAUGGAAUCCUGUACGAUACGUACCCGCUGUCGGAGGAGACCUGGCACACUCACCAGUUCAACUUCAUUCGGGACCAUGCCUUCCGCCUGCUGAAGCCAGGGGGUGUCCUCACCUACUGUAACCUCACCUCCUGGGGGGAGCUGAUGAAGACCAAGUAUUCGGACAUCACCACCAUGUUUGAGGAGACGCAGGUGCCGGCCCUGCUGGAGGCGGGCUUCCGGCGGGAUAACAUCCGCACGCAGGUCUUGGAGCUGGUCCCGCCAGCCGACUGCCGCUACUACGCCUUCCCGCGGAUGAUCACGCCCCUGGUCACCAAGCACUGA